AUGAGGAAUUUAAGGAAAAUUUCACUUUGGUACUUCCACCCCAGGGGAUGCUUGAAGAAGAAAAACAAUCAGCUUGAGGUAAUAAGACAGAUAUUCUGUUUUAAAAAAGAAAAUAUAAACACUGUACGUAAUUUUUUAGAAGUUUUAGAAUUUGAAGAAGGCAAAGAAGAUGAUAGAGAAUAUAAACGAAUUGAUGAGCUUAGUAAAUAUAUUGAAGUUAUUAAAAUUAAUAAGAACUCAAUAUAUGAAAGUAAAUAUUAUGGAUAUGAUUUCGAAAAUGAAGAAAAAUUUUUUGACAAAAAUGGGGAAUUGCAAAUAUUACCUGAACAAGUCAGGAAAAAUGAAAUUGAAAAGGAAUAUAUUCAUGUUCCUCCAUUUGUUUUAACCAAGUUAUGCGAAUAUGCAUUUAAAGAAAUUUUAUUUUUUUUGAAUAAAAAGCAUUUAAAUCAAUUAAAGAAUAUAUUAAAUGACAAUCAAUCCAGUAAAAAUGACAAGUAUGUUGCCAUGACAUUAAUUAAAAAUGCUGUUAUUAGUGCUGAACAGAAUUUACCAGGAUGUCAAGACACUGGCACAGCAAUAAUUUUGGGAAAAAAGGAUGAAGAAAUAUUAACCACUUUUGAACAUAAAUAUUUAAAUUUGGGUGUUUAUAAUGCAUAUAAAAAUAAUAACUUUCGAUACAGUCAACUAUCCCCCAUUGACAUGUUUAAUGAGACAAACACAAAGAAUAACUUACCUUGUCAGAUUGAGAUUUACAGUUCCGUUCGUGGGAAAAAGUACGCUUCAUCAACAUCAACUAGGACAUCAACCUCUCCUCCAGCCGAUUUGCAUUUAAGAGGACCGAAAUUUGAGUUAAUUUUCAUAGCCAAAGGUGGAGGAAGUGCAAAUAAAACAUUCCUAUUUCAGCAGACAAAAAGUAUUCUAAAUGAAGAUAAAUUAUACGAGUUUUUGUUGCAAAAAAUUAAAGAAAUUGGAACUUCUGCAUGCCCACCAUAUCAUUUGGCAAUAGUCAUUGGUGGUUUAUCUGCUGAAAUGAAUUUAAAAACCGUAAAAUUGGCAUCCUGUAGAUAUAUUGAUAAUUUGAAAAAAGAAGGCGGAAUAUAUGGAAAAGCCUUCAGAGAUAUAAAAAGUGAAAAAAUUAUUUUAGAAAAAGCACAGAAAUUAGGUAUUGGUGCUCAGUUUGGAGGAAAAUAUUUUUUGCACGAUGUCAGGGUUAUUAGAUUACCAAGACAUUCAGCAUCAUGCCCCAUUGGCAUUGGUGUUUCUUGUUCUGCUGAUAGACAAAUUAAAUGUGUCAUUAAUCGGGAAGGAGUAUUUAUCGAGGCCUUGGAGCAUGAGCCAAUUAAGUACCUUCCCGAGGUUACCUACAAGGAUUUGAAUCAGAGUGCUGCUGGUCAGGUCCACAGCAACUUGGGUCAUAUGGAAAGUAGCCAAAUGGGAAGUAGCCAAAUGGAAAGUAGCCAAAUGGGAAGUAGCCAAAUGGGAAGUAGCCAAAUGGGAAGUAGCCAAAUGGGAAGUAGCCAAAUGGGAAGUAGCCAAAUGGGAAGUAGCCAAAUGGGAAGUAGCCAAAAGGGAAGUAGCCAAAUGGGAAGUAGCCAAAUGGAAAGUAACCAAAUGGAAAGUAGCCAAAUGGAAAGUAGCCAAAUGGAAAGUAACCAAAUGGAAAGUAGCCAAAUGGAAAGUAACCAACCUGGAGAAGGCGUCCAAGUGGACCUGAAUAAACCCAUGAAAGACAUACUGAGCUUCCUAUCGAAAUACCCUGUAUCCACUCUGUUACUACUGACAGGUAAGUUAAUAGUGGCAAGGGACACAGCUCAUAAAAGAAUAGUAGAUGAUUUUGUACAGAGGAAUGUGGCCAUACCUGAAUACUUUAAAAAGUAUCCAAUUUAUUAUGCAGGUCCAGCUAAAACACCUGAUAAUUAUGCAAGUGGUUCCUUCGGUCCAACAACAGCUGGUCGUAUGGAUGCUUAUGCAGAAAUAUUAAUGAAAAAUGAGGCUUCUCUAAUUUCAUUAGCAAAAGGAAAUAGAUCAUAUGUUGUAAAAAAUGCAUGCAAAAAGUAUAAUGGUUUUUAUUUAGGGAGUAUAGGAGGUCCUGGUGCUAUUCUAGCAAAACAGAACAUAAAAAAAGUGCAAGUAAUUGACUUUCCGGAACUCGGGAUGGAGGCAGUUCACCUCAUCGAAGUGGUAGACUUUCCUGCUUUUAUCGUCAUAGAUAACAAAGGAAAUGAUUUUUAUAACCGCUGGAUUCCAUCAUAA